AUGGCGUCGCCCCUGCAGGCGCCCACGGUGACCAGCACGGUGCGGGUCUCUGCGGAGGACGAGAUAGAUGUAUAUUAUGAGCUGUAUGACAACCAAGUCAACGGCAUCACCAGUGGCGUCAGCGCCCCCUCGACCAGCGGCGGGUGCCAGCAGGAGCCGGCGCGCGUGCUGCUCAUCAUGGGCGUCGCGGCGACAUGCGUCGCAUGGCACACCCAGAUCCAGGCCCUGCUGGCCAGAUCAAAAUCACUGGGGCGCGCCGUCCAGAUCGUUGCUUACGACAACCGCGGCGUCGGGCGCUCCAGCUGCCCCAAAGAGCGCAGGCACUACAGCAGCGCGACGAUGGCACGGGAUGCGGCGGCGCUGAUGGAGCAUUUAGGGUGGGGGGCGGCCCACGUGGUCGGGUUUUCUAUGGGCACCCAGAUUGCAGCCAAGCUGGCCGCCUCCGUGGCGCCCGACCGCGUGCUCUCCCUCGUCCUCGUCAGCGCCGCCGGCGGCGGCGUAUCCUCCCUGCCCCGCAGCCUACACGCCAUCCGCCACUCCCUGCGCGUCCUCACCGCUCGCACCCUGAUCGGCCGCGCGCGCGCCGACCUGCGGCUGCACUUCACCAAGGGGACGCUGCACUCGGCCUCAUCCGCAUCGUCAGCCUCCUCACUGGCGGCUGCAGCUGCGGCGGUGUCGCUGCCAAACGCCGGGCCUGGAGGCGCGCUGGAGGCCGCCCCCUCCGGCGGGUCCUCGCCGCCUCCUCUGCCGGCGGCCGGGCCCAAGGGGUCGAUUGCUGCGGCGGCGGCGUCGGGGGCGGCUGCAGCCGCGGGGCCUGCGGCGGCGGCGCGGCGGCAGAAGGAGGACCUCAUUGAUGAGUACGUGGCACACGCGCAGUGCAUGCCGCCGCAGGCGACGCACGGCUUGCACGGCCACCUGCACACUGUGUGGAACCACAAGCUCUCGCCCAGUGAGAAGGCCACCCUGCGCGCCGCAAGAAUCCCAAUCCUCUUCAUCCAUGGCCUGAAGGAUAAGGUGGCGCCACCUGCAUACGCGCAGCGGCUCAGCCGCGAGCUCGGGGCGAGCAUCGUGCUGCUGCCGGGCGCGCACGUGGUGAUGCGGGAGAGCGCGCAGCAGCGCGAGGGCAGCGGCCGCCGCGCGUACGUGUUUUAUGCAUCGCGUGACAUCUACAUGUGCUCCGUGAUCAUCAACAUAGACCGCCUGGCGCGCCUGGGUGCCGACCCCGCUGCAGACCGCGUGGUAAUAGUGCCAGCCAGUUUUGUGCCGCGGCCGAUCCACCGCACCGCCCUCGAGGCUCGCGGCGUGCGUAUUGUGGAGUCGCCGCCGCUGGCGGGUCCAAAGAACGACGAGGGCAUGUAUAAUGGCUGCAUGUCGAAGCUGUACGUUUUUGCGCUCACGGACUACGCGCGCGUCAUCUACCUGGACGGGGACGCCCUCGUCAAGCAGCACCUAGACUCCCUGUUCCAGCUGCCCGCCGCUGACCUGUGGGCGCCGCGCGCCUACUGGAUGGACCCUGGCAAGCCAAAGCAGGGUUGCGAGAAGGAGGGGGCUCAUGUCGGUGCUCGAUCAUAUGCCGGCCUGCAGAUGAAGUUCACCAGCGCCCUCAUGGUCAUCACCCCCAGCGAGCGCCUCUGGCACCGCCUCAAGGACCGCAACUUCCCGGACGGCGCGCCGCCCCGCCUGGCAAACGGGAUGUUCGACAUGGACCUGCUGAACAGCGAUUUCAAAGACGAGGCCGCCCUGCUGCCGGGCGGGGAGCUGCUGGCCGUCAGCCAGCACUGGCAGGAGGCCGACCGCGACCCAGUCUGGAGCAGCUUCCAGGGGCGCGUGGGGCAGGAGGAGCUGUGGGCGGCGGCAAAGGUGGUGCACUUCUCGCAGCCGGGCAAGCCUUGGUUCUGGAACACGACGGAGCUGCGGCAGCGGUACCCCACGGCGCACACACGGUUGUACGAGGCGUGGGACACGUGGUGGGAGGCGUCAAAGGCGCUAUGCUAA